AGUCUGGGAGAUAGCACAAGAGUUUACGAUAGUGUGGGUAGAAUGUUUCUCUUGACAGAUAUCCCACAGAUUCGAGAAAAUUUGAAAGCUAAGGUUGAAAAGUGUAAUGAGAAAAUUACCAGCUUACAGGCAAACAAGGAAUACUUGGAGCGCAGUAUGUCAGAGAGUCAAAAUAACUUGAGAGAAAUGAUAAAGCUCAAGCAGUCCAUGGGUGUGGCUUAGAGGGCUGGUGCAGGUCUCAUGUCCUUUAUAAAAACCAUCAUUAAUCUCAACUAAUUAUUCCCAAGUGUUGUAAUUAUUUGGCAAUGAUUAACACAAAAUUGCAGAAGAGUAUGGCUCUGAAAAUAUGUAAAUUCUUUUCCCCUCUUGUGAUUUGGAUCCAAGUUUGACUGAAUUAUUUUAUUACAGUGGGUGAUACUUCAAAAUCACUGUACUUCAGAAUCAUUUCAGAAAUUUUGUGUGUAAAAGAUCCUCUACUGAAUACUUUUAUUUCAAAAUUUAGAGUACUGUUUUAUUUCCCUUUUAUGUGUAAAAUGAAAUAAAGAUAUUUAAAAACA